AUGGCAGAAUAUGAGGCUCUAAUCAUUGGCUUAGAAAUGCUGGUGGAACUAGGAAUCCAAUAUGUGGAAAUUUUGGGAGAUUCCAUGCAUGUUUUGAAACAGAUUGCUGGGGAAUACAAGUGCCUAAGUCUUUCUCUAGCUGUGUACCCGGUGGCAGCUAGGAAUCUUCUGACAGAAUUCAGAGAAGCUACUUGGGAGCAUAUCCCAAGGGAAGAAAACUUUGCAGCCAAUGAAUUGGCUCAGGUAGCAACAAGCAUACAAAUGCCUGAAGAUUGUGUACAAAGAAUCAUCAAGAUAGGGAAGAAAAGUCUACCAUCUAUUCUGACCAGGGGGAUGGAAAUAGAUGUCAAUUCUGCCGCAAUCACUGAAGAUGAUUGGAGAAAUCCUAUCAUGACUUACUUAUGA